UAGUAUCGAGUCGUCGGUCGCGCACCAUUCCGACCUCUUCAUCGUUCACCAAAGUCUUUACAGUGUUCGAUUCUUAACAAAAUAUCUAAACCUACACGUUCUCCAAGAAUUCUUCGAUAUUCCUACAAGACGAUUCCAAAGUUGGUUGCACACUUUCAUGUCAUUUACGUGUCAUAACAGUGAGAAUAGACAGUCUCGUGUAUCUGGUGUGACUUUAAACGAACGAUCAUUUUGGUUCCCAAAAAGUCAGAGGACCGUGAAUCCCCGACUACCAAUUAAGCUUCUUGAUUUCCGAGAAGAACUCGUUCACGGAGACAUCGAGCGAACGUCGCGGACCGAGAUGCAGUUAUCUUUCGGCAACAAGAGAAGCUAGUCAAGAGAGAAAGAGAGAGAGAGAGUUAGUGAGAGAGAGAUAGAGAGGGAGAUAGAAAAAGAGAUAGAGAAAGAGAGAAUCGUGCGAGACAGGUUCCAAGUUGGAGGAACAUGGGUGGAUCGAGAGACGGCGUGAUCUUGUUCAUCUUGGCGGUCGCGUGGCUCCGAUUGACGGUCGGGGUCGAGGACCACGUGGCGGCCUUGAACGAGACCGACCAUCCAGUACAAGCGGAUUCUAUCGAAAACGAGGUGUCGUUCGGCAGUGACGAGUUGGGUCAGCAUCCGCACAUGAUGCCCGGUAAACCUUCGAAACUCGACACGAACAUUAAUCAGAUGAUACAGGUGGACGAUAGGUCACAGUAUCAGAUCGAGGCGACGCGAAUGGAGAACGCUACAGCGUUUCCGUUGGAGUCGACGAGUUGCCAGGACAACGAGACGACGCCUUGCGCGCGAAAGGAUCCGUCCGAUCUGUUCGACAGGUUUUCCAGGAUCGACACGUACAACGUGACCGACUCGGUGCAGAUCAUAAGAAAUCGGGACGUCAUCGGCAGGAAAGACGAAAAAGGUAACGACCGGCCGGACGCAAGCCUACUCGAUAAAGUUCGCCGGUUCGCAAGAGAACACGUAGUAAAGAUACGUCUGAGCCAGGACUUAAUACCCGGUAGAAAAGCUAGAACCUUCUUCAACGCAUUUGGCCUGAAGAAGCUGCUGCUACCUCUGAUCUUUGGUGUACAGAUCAUUAAGAGUGUCCUACUGGCGCUUUUCCUGCCCAGUAUCAUCGGAAGUAUCGGUAAUAUCGUCGGUAAAGGAGUUUCAUCGUUUGCGCAAUCAUCGCAUACCACGGCGCAGCCAGAAGAAAAUUUCGAGUUCAAGGAUAAUUCCGAUUUGUACAACGAUGACUACCUGACGCGACAGCCGGUAGGAACAUUACCAGCCUCUGUAAUGUACGAUGAAAGUAUGAUGCAGUCUCAGAAGAGUCCAGAAAUCGCGUCGAGAUAUUCCUUCGUCGAUCCAAGAAUAACCCACGCCAAUGCUGUUGCUGAUCGUUAUUACACUCGGCACGUUGCUGCUCAUGGACUUUCUAAGAAGCAAGACUUUAAGGUGUUCCACGAAAUUCCAACGAGUUCGCUGCUGCUAACUAACUACGAUCCAUUCUACUCACCUCUGUUAUCUCGCCUGGAUGCCGUGUUCUCUCGUCUGGGCCACACGACGGAGGGUUGCAGAGAAUACGCCGUUUGUGCGAUGUACCGAAGCCCCGCCAGGUACGCACCGUAUUCGAAUCUGGUCUCAGCGCAGCUGUCCAGAGAGCUGAACGAAUUAAGAAGACCCAGCAGCGACAAUCCCGAUGUCCUGAGGUUCUUCCGGUACAUGAAGGCCGCGAAAGACGGACAAGAUGGCGUGAAAUGCGAGGAUGCGUACGCGAGUUGCGCAAUUGCACGAGAGGAUCAAACUCUCAGGCAAAAUCAAGCGAUGUUGGCUACCUACCAGGACAUCGACAAGCUCGUCCACGCGAGGAAGUUAUAAGAAAGAAGAUAGAACAGCGAGGAUUCAAUCCUGGGACUGAACGACCGAUCGAAACCAAAUCGUGUUUUUAUUCGGUUACCUGUGAUUCGUUGAUCGUCGUUGAUUGUACUUUGGUAUACAGGUAUCGAGUACUUUGAGCGAGUUUCUGUAGCGAUUAUAAGUUGCAGAGUACAGUUCUUGAAAAUAGUCUGAAUAGUAGGUAUAAUAGUAAGAUAGGAAAUCGGUGAAUUGAAGUAAAUUCACUAUGAAUUUUUAUUAUUUGGCUCCAUGGUUCGAUCAUU